ACGCAAGCGCCACUAAUUAGGCCAAAGAUAAAUGUGCGAAUAGAUUUAAUGUACCAACCAAGAUUAUAUUUUGCACUGACCCAGCUCCUUCCCAAUACCAAUGUGUGCGAUAUGUCAGUAUUCUAGAACUCAAUGGCGAGACGUGACGCGUUGUGCAGUGCAUGACGUCGUAAAUAGUGAAUGAUUUGUAUGCGUUUGUUUGUGAUUUCAAUAUCAACUUCAUCAGAGUGAAUUGUGGGGGCAUUUGUAAUUAAUUAUUUUGCUAUCAUUGCAUUGGAUUGCGGUUAACAGAAACCCAGCAAUAAAUGAGGGAAUCGGGUGUUUAAAGCUGGGUACAAAAUGGGAUUCACGCGGCAAUGGGACGCCUCGUGUCCACGAGUGUGGGACAGCUGGGAAGAGGAUGGUGUCAGCUGGGUGAUCCAAGAUCUGGCACCGGAGGAUGACGACAGAGCCCUGCAUAUCCUCGAGAAGGACUUUUUACCUGAUGAAGUACUGUGCGCCUACAGUAAACUUACCGAAGACCCAGAAAGCGUAAAGAGUAUGGUCAAAUUUUGGCAUGACUGUCUAGCACAGAGAAUGAGCCUCGGCUGCUACACCGUCACCAACGGCAAGAAGACACUAGUAGCUCUCAACGUGUGCGUUGUAGAUACUAUCGAGGAACGGGUUCCCAGCACACCGAUCGAAGGAGUAGCGUGGAAUAACGUGUACCGCGCUAUCGAGUACCUCGAAGAAAAAUGCGAUCCGUUCAAGUACCUGAAGCUUGACACAAUACUGCACGCACUUGGUCUGUCCGUGCUAACUGAAUAUAGGGGAAAACAUCUCGGCAGCAGGAUUCUAGCAGCGAGGAGGCCACUCUGUCUAGCUCACGGUAUUAAGGCCACAGCGACCAUGUUCUCGGGGCCCGCGUCGCAGAAGUCGGCAGCCAGGGCCGGUUUCAGCACCAUCUGCGCUGUACCCGGAAAGGAGUUGGCCGAAAACGGCAUGAACUUCCCCAAGGACGAUAGCAUCGUUAUAAAGCUUAUGGUGAAGAGAUACGACGAAUAAAUGUAAACUGGCCACUAAAAAUCAACUUAUGCCCAUUUUCACUUAACACAGGAAUCGCUUAAAUCGAAUGCAUAAUGAUUUAGGCAAUGUCGUUAAAAAAAGUUUCACCAACUCUUAGGUAAAA